AUGGCCACCCCUGGAGAAGGCAACCAUCCCAGUGAUGACGGGGCACCCCAGCCAGUGGAAGAGCUGCAGCAGCUUGAGUCUCGGGUGGCCCGCAGACGCCUGUCCCAGGCCCGCCAUCGAGCCACCCUGACGGGGCUCUUCAACAACCUGAGGAAGACUGUUUACUCCCAGUCUGACCUCACAGCCUCAAAGUGGCAGGUACUGAAUAAGACGAAGAUUCAUAUCCAAGAGCUGGAACAAACCCUGGAUAAUUUGCUGAAGCUCAAAGGCUCCUACAACCUAGAGGAUGGAAAUGCCAGCACCUUAGAGGAGGUCAAGGAAGAAUAUGCCAGAAUGUACUCAGAGGAUGACAGUGUAUUCCUCAGUAGUUUUCCUCAGAACAGCUCUCCUCCCUGGUACCCGACCGAGGCUGUUGGGAAGGAUGCUGAGGAAGGAGCGCAUGAUGAAGAGAGAGAGGAGGACGGGAGACAGGAAGAGGAGGAAGAAGAGAAGAAAGUCGAUCUCUCGCAGAUCUCUGCCGCUCUGCUGCCAGAUCUCCUGGAAUUUGAACGGUACCUCAACUUUUACAAGCAGAUGAUGGACCUCCUGACCAUGAACAGCAUCAUCUCCCCACAGGAAGUGACCCUCCCCAUCGUCUCUGCGGCCAUCUCCCACAUGUGGCAGACUCUCUCUGAGGAGAAGAAGGCCUGUCUCCUGCAGGCGUGGGAGCAGCAGAACAGGACCUUCUCAGACCUUACAGAGGCCUGUCUGGAGCUCGCCUGUGCAGAGGAAAGUGUGAAGGACAGCGGGGUGGACAGCCAAGGGGCUAGCUGCUCACUGGAGUCCACCCAGGAAGAGAUCCUUUUUGAAGAUGCUUUUGAUGUGGCAGGCUUCCUGGACAGCAGCGAGACUCAGCACAUGCCUAACAUCAGCUCUGUGUUUCCCAACUGCAACCCAGAAAAUCCAGAGGAGAAAUUCCAGCUCUACUUGCAGAUCAUUGAGUUUUUUAAAAGCCUUUGCUGCACUAACACUGCACAGAGCCAGGAACCGGACCCUCUCGCCGAUGAUGACUUGAUGUUGCUCAAGUGCCUGGAGACCUUUGAUGAUGAUGAUCUCUAA